GGGGGCGGGGUGCAGCAGAGAUGUUUGGAGGCUCUUUUUUUUUUAAAUAUAAAAUUAUUUAUUUAAAUAAAAAUGGCCGCCGUGGAGAGCGGAGAGGAGAGACUGGAGGAGGGGGAGGAGGGAGCUGCCGGCCCCCGGCCCCCCUCCAGAGAGACAGACGGGUCCCACAGUAAGACCAAGAAGGCCCACAGGGAGCGUCGCCAUGCCGACCGGGGGGCGGAGACCACAGCUGUGCUGCAGACGGGGGCGGAGCCACAGACCCAGGCCUCAGAGCCGGUGGCGGGCCCCUCAGAUCCGGGGUCGGAGGCCGUCAGUGAGUCUGCAGGUUCUCCGAGGCAGCGGCGCUCCGUUAUACGGGACCGCGGGCCGCUGUACGAUGACCCGUCACUGCCUGAAGGCUGGACCCGCAAACUCAAACAGAGGAAGUCCGGACGCUCGGCGGGCAAGUUUGACGUCUACCUGAUCAACUCUGAGGGAAAAGCGUUUCGUUCCAAGGUCGAACUUAUCGCUUACUUCCAGAAGGUCGGCGAUACGACCACCGACCCCAACGAUUUUGAUUUCACCGUCACCGGACGUGGAAGCCCCUCCCGCCGCGAGAAGCGUCCCCCCAAGAAAGCCAAGGUGGUGAAACCAUCGGGACGAGGCCGGGGGAGGCCCAAAGGCAGUGGGAAGGUGCGGCAGGCUACGGAGGGCGUGGCCAUGAAACGUGUGGUGGAGAAAACUCCGGGCAAACUGCUGGUCAAGAUGCCCUUCAGUAAGGCAGAAUCUUCCACUGCCUCAAAGGUGGUGUCUCCAGCCUCGGUGCCCAAGUCCCGUCCCGGCAGGAAGAGGAAAUCGGAACAGGAACUUCCGGCUCCACCACAGACCACCCCCAAGAAACGGGGCAGGAAACCAGCUUCUGCCACAGCGGCAUCAUCAGUUGCCGCACCAUCCGCCCCCACGGCAUCAACCUCAACAGCCGGGAACUAUGGUCCAGCGGCAAUUUUGGCUGCAGAGGCCAAACGGAGAGCAGCCAAGGAGUCUUCCACCAAACUCGUCGUCCAGGAAACAGCCCUGCCAAUCAAGAAGCGUAAAACGAGAGAGACAGUAGAGGAGGUGGAAGUUGUUCAGACUCCAACCACUACGACAACAGAGACUGAAAGGGUCGCUCUAGAGGGGGAGCCAGGUAAAGGGGAGGGAGCUCCAACCCCAGAACCUCAGCCCGCCCCCUCUGAGCAGAGCCAAUCACAAUCACAGAAGCAGCCCACUGCUUCAGAGGAAAGCCAACCACACGGACACAAGAUGCAUAAAGGGAGGAAGCACAAGGAGAAAACGGGAAUAGCAGCAGGAGAAGGAAGAAGCAGAGGAGAGGAAGUAGAUGAAGACGUCGGUGAUAAGGGAGGAGGAGGAAGAAGUAGCAGCAGCAGCAGUAGCAUCAGCCCAUCAAAAAGCCACAAAAGGAAGGACCGGCCGCCUCACAAACACCACCAUCAUCACCACCACCACCACCAUCAUCAUCGCCACCAACAUUCCUCUGCCUCUACGUUGGAUCAGCCUCCUCCUCCCCCUCCAGCCUCCGGACACUCAGCACCCUCCAGCCAGUCCGGGCCUGAAGCCAAGCCCCAGACUGUGCCUCAGCUCACCACCCAACAAUUGCAGCACACCCAGCAAGCUCCUCCAAGACCACAAUCAAAAUCUGCCCCUCAGACCUCGCCUGAACCUCGCCAUCCUCCCCCGCAACCUCGGCACCAACCACAACCCCGUUCCCAGCAGCAUCCCCAGACUCAGUCUCCCAGUCAGCCCCAAGCCCAGCCUCAGUACCCAGCACCCCAGCCCUCUCCUACCAGGCAUGUCUUGCCCCAACCAAGGUCCCAACCACCACCCCAAACCCACAGUCAGACCCAGGCCUCCCCUCAGAAAGCCCGGUCACAGCUUGCUCCACCUCAGUCGCACCCUUCUCAGUCCCCAUCCAUCCUGCACAUUCAUCCGCCCCAAACAAGGCAUCUACAAACCCAGUCUCCAACAGUACUUCAACCUCAAUCCCAGCCCACAACCCCAGCACGAACUGCGCCACAACCCCAGUCCAGGACCCCAGCCCAAACGCCAGCUCAAUCCCAGUCCAGGACCCCAGCCCAAACUCAAGCUCAAUCCCAGUCCAGGACCCUGGCCCAAACUCCACCUCACCUCCAACCCCUGACAAGACACCCAUUGCAACACCAACUUCAGACUCAAUACAGAUCACAACCCAGACAGUCUCUCUCCCAGCCUAGGCCACCCCAGUCCCAAGCACAACCACACGUUCAGCGAAUUCAAACACAGCCACGCCCCCAGCCCCACCCUCAGCUCAACAGGCCCCAUGUGCAGCACCUCUCAUCCCCCCGACCAUCUCCCAGCCUAACCAGGACCAACCUGGGCCCGGCUCCACAGAACCAGAGUGAACAGCCCCAAGAUCUGAGCACCACGCGGGCCGGCCGAGGAAGCCUGCUGCAGAGCCGAGAGGUCGGUGUAGAAGGCCUUGGAGCGGAGGGGAGACGGGAGCCGGCCGUGGCCUUGGAAAGCAGAGAGGUUUCAGGAGGAGAAAGAGGGUCAAACAGCACCUUGAGGCCUCCCAGCUCCACGCCCUCUGGACCUCCAGGAGUAGCUGGUGUCGGUCUGCUUCCCGUGACAGACGGUAGGGCGAGGCUCCGGGGGCAGGAGCCAGAGGCAGCGGAGCUCAGAGACAUCGUCCCCCAGUCCGCCGUCCCCUGUCCCAGCCGAGAGGAGACCGUAGAGUCUCGGACUGCCGUCAGCGAAAGAGUCAGCUGAUCGGUUGGGCCGACUGACCGGUCGCCUGACGGACUGAGUCCAUCACCGGGUAGAAGAGGAGCGUGACUUCAUGGAGGUGAAAUGAUUUUACACUGUUUUCAGAUAAGAAGGAUAACGUCUCUCACAGCUGUAGGACUGUCGCAGCUUCUACUUCGUCUGAUGGUGUCUGGAGACUGAAGUUCUGGAUCUGGAGGGGAGGACGGAUCGUGUCUUUUUAUAGGAAAAACAAAGAGGAAAAAAGUGUGUGUGUAUAUAUAAUCAAAAGGCAGCUGUUGUGUCCCGCUAGUCUCCGAGGGGAGGGGGGAGUUAGUUUGGAACUAAAAACGCUUAACGACACAUUACUCUGAACGAAACCUUGCUUCCGAAAUAUAAACCCCUUUUUUUUGUUUUUGUUUUCCGUAUUUUGAUAGUUUAUUGUUUUGUCUCUGUUUUACAGCUUUAAACUCUGAUAUUAUUGACUGAUGGUCCUUCACUCAUCACGUGCUGCUGAAUGACUGUCCCUCAUUUAAAGUCCUGUCUCACUCACAGGUUCACACCGGAUACAACAUUAAUACAGAGGAGCUGAGCGGUCUGACUGACAGACAGACAGACAGACACAGCCGGAACGACAGAUAGACCAAUAGACAGAUUAUCUCUAUAUCUAACUUUCUGUCUCACUGUUUCUGUACCCUGUGAACCCGUCUGAGAGACUCGUCCUCCUGGCUGAACCUAGUCCUGGAUCAGAAGCCUCAGAGGUGAUGUGGGGCGGUGGUUUGCACCUUAAACUGGUUCCUUACAGACCUUCCCAUGAACAAAAGAUGGAGAUCUGUAAGGGUUCCAUCUUCUUCCAGACUGACCUCCCUACAGGUAGCGGAUGUCUGAGGACUCGCAUCCAUCACCUCGCUCUGAAGUCUUUGGAAACCUUUUUGAAUAUCGUUUGAAAUAUCUGAACAACUUGGAGGAACCUUUUAGUUUCUUCAAGUGUUUCAGACGCAGCGAGUUGUUCUUCCAGUUAGAGAUUCUUCUUCCAUUCUGGUCUUCAUUGAAUCUGUCUUUGUUUCCAAAGGAAGCACCUUUACUAUCGAACCAAACCCACUUAACUCCAGUAGCUUUAUUUCAGUCCGCAGUGGUCGAGAUGGACUUCAUUUCUUAUCGUCUUCGUGUUGAAUGUCUGGAACAGUUUGCACUCCUCCAGUUUGUACAAUCAAACCCGCCUGCAUGUCGCUCGGAGACCUUGCAGGCCUUCGAGGUCCACCUCACCGGGGCCACCGUUGAGGGGGUGGGGGUGGGACGUUAAAGAACCCUGAACGAAGUCCAGUUCAGCUUCACGUGGAACCAUCCUGAAGGAUGAACCAAUAAAAACAAAGGAAGACGAGAUGUUGUUAAAGCUCAAUAUGAGAAAUGAACUCAUGAUCAGGGUCACCGGACCAGAAACCAGGAUCAACUAAAAGGUCUCGGAUGUUUAGAGUUCCACUGAAGUUAGUCUUCAUCCUCUGUGAAACAGUUACAAGAGGUAUUUAAAUCAAAUCCUUCUCUCUGAUUGGACCACUAAAAAGUGGGCGGGCUUAGAGUUUAGCAGCCUAGAGAGUCUUAAGUCCCGCCCCCUUCCCACGGUCACUUAUUUCAGAAAAAAUGAUGUACAGCAGUCAACGUUUGAAUUGAGCUCUUAAUUACACAGAAGAUGUUCGUACAUUUAAAAGUCUGUCGUAGUGUCGUUUAGUUUUGUGGGAAACAGUCAUCGAGGGUUAGGGCUAGCUAGCAAGACGAGCUAGCCAGCUAGGGUUAGAGUGAGCUUAGCUCUGUUCCAAAUGUAACGUUCUCUUCCUGAUGUGUUUCAUCAGGAAGAGAACGAAGGAGUGAGACUUGUUGGUGAAAAAACAUCCUGGUAACAAGUACAAGUAUUUUCACAGUUUUAUGACUUUCCUGACUUACAAAAUGUUUUUUAAAUGUACAAACAUACAUGUUAAUUAAUUCACGGCACAAUUCAAAUGAGAUCAAAUCUUAAUUCGUCUCCCAAUGUUGACGACUGGACACAUUUAUUCUGACGUCCAGUGAUGGUCAACAGGAAGGGGCGGGGCUUCAGCUCUCUAUACAGAGACACAGAGGACUGUUGACAGAGGUACAUAUUGUACUUUUACUCGUACAACGUUAAUGCCUCCUCGUUGUGUAGCUCACUGCACAUGCUCAGUAGAGGUUCUGUCCCCAGUGACCCCUCGAUACAAACGGGUUUAGUGUUUCUACGAACAUAAAAACCCUUUUCCUUCAGCAGUCUACAGCUUCAGCACACUGUCAACGUGAAGCUCUGGGAUUGGCUGUCUGUCGGUGAAAUGCAACCUGGGAGUUAUAGUUUAUUAAUGAGAUAUUUUUUUAACCAAGUCCAGGAUCCAGAGUGUCUGACAUGGAUCACAGAGUCCACAUGUGGAGGCUCCAGCACUUUAACAAAGCCCAGAAAUCAUCCAAUCGGUGAAUGUCGAUAAAUGUGCCUCUUCCCCUCACCUGGCCGACAGGUGACGUCGUUUUGGAUCCUCCUCCCUCUCUGCAUACUCUGGCCCCGGUCCACCCGUCAGCAUGCUGUCUGUCACGCAGCUGCAUAAAUCCAACGCCCCCUCUGUGAACCCUCCACCGGACUCGGCAGCCUCCAGUAACCAGCCGCCAUAUUUGCAUGUUCCAGAGUUUUAGUGCCUCUAAUAUUGUGCGUCUUGCCAGAAGCCGCCAUGUCAGCCGAGCCAUGUUGUGUUUCUAGACUUAGUCGUGGUGUGUGGUGACUUCAUAGUUGCUCAUGUUGAGGAUGAAUAUUCUGCUUUUACUCUGGUUGGAUUCAGUGAAACUUCAAAAAACACUGUCGCUGUAGACAAAACUAGUUUUUACCUGUUUUCUUAUUUUUCUUUCUAACUAAAAGCGUUUGUUGUCCCCUGAA